CUCGGCCUGCAGUCGAGCUAGUAUCGUGGCAGAGAACGGAACGGUAAGGCGUGAGUAGUAUCGGAAGAAAGAGACCGGAGGAAAAAGAAAAUUUGAGGUGAGAAAGAAGGGAGAAACGGCAAAGAGAGACAAUGAGCCACACGAGGUACGUUUACAAUUGAACAUUCGUGAAUGAAUUCCUCGAUCGAAGUGCGAGGUCAUUGGACGGGAAGAGGAAUUUCAGGGGGAAAAUAGAAGUAAAGAAAUAGAGUGCGGUUAAGAACGAAGGGAGAAAGCGAGGGAAAGAGUGAGAGAUAGAGAGGGAGAAUUUGGUGGUGGUUGGCAGAGUAGAAGUAGUAGUAGUAGUGAGUAGUAAAUCGAGCCGAAGCUGUGCGCCGUCUCUCGGUGGUGGCUCUCCGUUCCACGCGAGCGUCCGCGCAUCGGCGCCGCGACGCGAUCUCGUCGCCACGUUCGCCGCCGAUCGUCGCGCUCCCCGGGAAGCCUCGCCGCCGCCGACAUCGUGCCAUUAUCGCCGCCUCUGCUGCUGCUGCUGUCGUCGUGGCCGUUGCCGCAGCCGCUGCCGCUCCGUCGUCGUCCCCGUCGCGAACACAGACCAGUGAAAAUGCGGUGGUGACAGUGACGGAUCACGGGGGGAGGAGUAAGGACUCCGGAAAGUUCGUCGAGCAGAGCAAUCUCGGUUGUUGUUGCCGGUCUUCUUCGUGUUACGCGAGCGCGCCGUUCGUGCUCGAUCGAGUCGGUGCCGGGUAAAACGAGACGGAGAAUCAGGGAGAGAAAGAGAGAAAGGAGGAAGAAGAGGGAGACACGGUAAAAAGGACUCGAGAGGGGGAAGGGGGGCGCUACCCGGUCUGAAGUUAUUAUGACGAGCUCUGUUGAGGAAAAACGGAAAAAUCGCGCGCAUGUGUUCAGUAGGAUAUAGUGCCAACGACAAGCCGCCGCUCGCAGAUCUGGAUACCUUGCUCUCACCCGCGGGGCCUGGAUUGUCGCAUGUUAGGAUGGCGCUGGCGCGACUUGCGGUGAGCGACUGUGCGCCUCAAACGUCGCGGGUCAGCUCGAAUUUGCACAGCAGCAGUAGUAUGGCAGUGAGCCGCGUCCCGAGCCCACCACCGCCAGAAGUGAACACCCCCGUGGCUGAGAAUUGGUGUUACACGCAGGUGAAGGUGGUUAAGUUCAGCUACAUGUGGACGAUAAAUAACUUCAGCUUUUGCCGUGAAGAGAUGGGAGAAGUGCUUAAGUCGUCUACGUUCUCAGCAGGUGCCAACGACAAGUUAAAAUGGUGCCUGAGAGUGAAUCCUAAGGGCCUGGACGAAGAGAGCAAAGACUACUUAUCACUAUAUCUCCUUCUUGUAUCGUGCAACAAAUCUGAAGUCAGAGCAAAGUUCAAAUUUUCUAUUCUUAAUGCCAAAAGAGAAGAAACCAAAGCAAUGGAGAGCCAGCGCGCUUAUAGGUUCGUUCAGGGUAAAGAUUGGGGCUUCAAGAAGUUCAUCAGGAGAGACUUUCUUCUGGACGAGGCCAAUGGACUUCUGCCGGACGACAAACUCACGAUAUUCUGUGAGGUAUAUACGUUUGUCAGCGUAGUGGCGGAUAGUGUCAAUAUUUCCGGGCAGAGUAACACGAUACAGUUCAAGGUGCCGGAAUGCCGGCUGCCUGACGAUCUCGGGCAGCUCUUCGAGAACCAAAAAUUUAGCGAUGUCACGCUCACUGUAUGCGGUAGGGAGUUCCAGGCGCACAAAGCAAUUCUCGCAGCACGGAGUCCUGUCUUCUCGGCAAUGUUCGAACACGAGAUGGAAGAGAGAAAGCAGAAUCGUGUGGAUAUAACCGAUGUGGAUCACGAAGUGUUGAGAGAAAUGUUGCGAUUUAUAUAUACCGGUAAAGCAGCGAAUCUGGAGAAGAUGGCGGACGAUUUGCUGGCCGCCGCGGACAAGUACGCGUUAGAGAGGCUGAAGGUGAUGUGCGAGGAGGCGCUCUGUACGAGUUUAGCCAUCGACAAUGCCGCCGAUAUCCUCAUACUUGCCGAUCUUCAUAGCGCCGAUCAACUCAAGGCGCAAGCGAUAGACUUUAUUAAUACACACGCCACGGAUGUGAUGGACACGACGGGUUUCAAGGCGAUGGUACACUCCCAUCCGCAUUUAAUAGCGGAGGCCUUUCGGGCGCUGGCGACCCAGCAGAUCCCGCCGAUCGGACCGCCCAGGAAACGGGUAAAGCAGAGCUGAAAACAGUCACCGCUGAUCCCGGGCACGACCUCCGUAUCGCCGCCGCCACUUCUACAUCCCUCUUGACUCUUUGUGUACAGUGAGAUAUACGAAUAUAGUAGUGCUAAAGAAAUAAAUGUUUCCUAGUGCGCCACCCUCUGGUCCGAAUCGGGACGUCGAACCGACGCGAUGCGAAAUAGCGACUGUUGUCAACUUGAGCCUUGGUUGAAAUGAGUCAGAGAUCGACGGGAAGAGGAAAGGGAGGAAAGGAAGGAGGAGGAGAGGAGGAGGAGGAGGAGGAAGUGAGGGCAAGUCAGCCAUCCAUCCAUCCAUCCAUCCAUCCGUCCGCCCGCCCGUCCGUCCGUCCGUCUGUCCGGUCGGUCGAAGACGAAUUUGAAAAAGCGUUCCUGUGUCAGAUUGUCUUGUGUUCAAGUAAGUGUCGGUAGUGAAGAGAACUCUGCGUGUGACGUGGCUCGUCUCAUCUCCCGUCUCCUCUCGCGUCAAGUGGGAGAAAUGACGAAACGCCUGGAAAUAUUUGUAUGCGCGCGCGCACCACACACACACACACACCACACACACACACACACACACAAAGGCCUGUCGUUGAAUCCGCAAGCACACCGAUGCCACUACCGUGGAAACGAGACGCGCGACGUUCUUCUUCAGUACCAAUACCGACGCUGAUGUAUCUAACCAUCCCCCCACUCUCGGUGAUACACGUUGGCAUGUGUCAUCGGGAAUCCGCCACUUCAUGGAUUCGCUUUUGUUUACGUUUUCGUCGAACGAACGAACGAACGAGUUCCACCGAAAGCGCACGGAGGUCCCACGGGACGGAGUACCGCUGGAGAGGGGAAGAGGAGCGGAGAGAGAGAGAGAGAGAGAGAGGACCAAGAAGGCGAGGAAGAAACUCUUCGACUCGCCACGAUUGUCACAAGAAAAAAAA